UCGCCCUUCGUCCUUGUGAGGGGAGUGUGGUGGUAGUCUGGUCUUAUCUUUCUGGAAACGUCCUCCGUGCGUCACACUGGCCUGACUUUUCACCUCUUUUUUCCUGCCCUCUUACCUCCUUUUUCUGCCUUUUUCACAUCUUUUCCAAUCAUUUUACCCGCUUUCCAACCCAUUUCACCUCUUCCUUUACUUGCAAGAGCUACCUGUAGAGUAAUAAUGCCUCGCCCUUCGCCCGAGUGAGGAGAGCGUGUGCACAAGUCUUAUCCCUCUGGAAACUUCCCCCCCGCGUCUGCAUAAUGAAGGGACUGGCAAGGAAAUUAGUGGCAUGAAUUUAUCUAAACCUAACCUAGCCCUCAGAUGGAAGACUCAGGUUAAUUCAGUGUUAUCCAGAAGGGCUGCCUGUCACCCACCUCACCCACACCAAGGCCGCCAGGGUCACGGCUCCAUGUACCUGGACGAGGAUGGAGACGUGGCACACGAGUUCUAUGAAGAGGUUCCCCCACUGAGGAGAGGCGUCAAGGCCACCAUGCGACAGAUCCUCACCAACCUCACCCCGCAGGGUGACGUGCGGCUGCCGUUCCCCUGCCUGCACACGGACUUCCCGGUGGUGUUGUACCAAGACUCCCAGGAGGACCCCCGCAUCUCUCAGCGGUGACCCCGGGGCCCGCACCUCCCCUAAGGGUGUGACGAGCGGGCCAGCGAACGAUGGGGUGCCGAGGGAGCCAUGCCGACUGUGGCGAAUGUGGUUGGCCACCGCGAGUGUUGUGGUGUACAUGCGUACCAUACUGUGGUCUGUGGGUGCGUGUGUCAAGCCUUCCCAUACCUCCUGCCCCCCCCCUGUCACCUCCAUCACCUCACCCUUCACCUCACUCCUCCCCCUUUUUGCCUGCCGUGCUGUACUGUGGGUGAUGUGCAGCUGUGGUGGCUUUGAGGGUGUUUUCUUAAGUUCUGGCGUGUGUGUUUCGUCUGUGGUGGUCGUUCGGUGUUUCUCAGACCUGUUCUCCUGGCUGUGGCGCAGAGUGUUGGUGGGUGCAGGGGUUAGUGUUCCGUUGUCUUGAGGGUCUUGCUCACUGUUUAUCUCUCAGGACCGCAUUCUGAAACACUUCUGCACCACACCUCCACUACUUUCAAAAAGUUCUGGUUGAAGUGACUGGUUUUUAAGGUGUUUUAUGGUUUCUAGUGACAGAUUAUCAAGAUUUCUACAUUAUUAACAGGAGAAACAGUCUUGAGAACCCAGCUAAUCAUCUCUCUGGCCUUGGAAAAUAGUUGUGGUGAGGGAGCAGUGUUUUUGAAUACUGGCCUGUCUUUGUCUUUCUCCAGUACAUUCUUUUAGUCACGGCACACCACCACCUUGACUCUCACAGAAAGUGUGUACAUACAGUGUCUGGUGAAGGGAUGUAUUAGUGUUACAACUGCUGUGUGUGCGUGCGAGUGUGUGUGUAUAUGUGUGUGUGGGGGAGGAGGGUACAGUCACCCCUCACCAGCCUCUCUCCAGUCUCACAUGAAGUAUUCACAACAAAACUGGCUGUGUUUCUCGCUUGACCGGCGCUCACCAGCUCUCUACUUAGCAUGUCCCUGGGAGUGUCUGAGGUGCAUCUUGUCGUGUCGCUUCCCCAAGAUACUGAUGAUGUGAUGUCUCAUGCAGUCCCUCCUGACUCAGAUUUUUGUCCUGAGUUCCCCCGAUGCUGCCAGGGUCCCCAUGUGCUAUAUUUGCUGUGUUUUUACGUUUGUUUAGUUCGGUAGUGUUCUGACAAUAAUUUUGUUUGAUGUGAGGUUAUGUUCCUGGCUCCCUGUAAUGUGUGAGUCCUUACUGAGUUGUUCUCUUUGAAUUAGGUUGUGUUGCUCUGUUGUUGAUCAGGCAAGGCAGGCAGGAGUGUUUUGACAACAACCUUUGUGUGGCAUUGAGUUAUACCUCCAGUGUGUUGUAUUGUCUGAGUCAGUGGUGAGUGUUGAGCUCCCACAUGUCAAGCUGUAACCCUUUCACUGCUGUGGGCGCCCCUCGGCACCACCCUGGAUGCUGCAGGAGACUAUUGCAGGGAUGCCGAGGAAGGACGAGAGGACAGGAGCUUCAUUCCACCUUUUCUUGAUACACAUCUUUUUAAGAGACUGACAGAAAUGUGCUGCAUAAAAUUGUAGGUUAAUGUGGGAAAAACUUGUCCUGGUAGUGAAAGGGUUAAAGCAUUAAGAAAAAUUACAAAUUGGGUAAUGUGGUGCCCUGUGGCCUUCAUGGAAAUCUUUGAGAAACAGAACGAGAGGAAAGACAAAGCCACCAUGGAGAGCCUUGCUGGCAGCUGAACCUCUGAGUGACAACAAUAUUGGACCACAGGGCUGUGUUGAGGCUUUGUGUCUCUGGCUGCUACAAUUGGUCUGUGAGUGUGUGUGUGUGUGUGUGUGCUACUUCAAUGAAACACUAAUUGAGUUUUUAAUGAAUUUUUGGUGCAGAUCUGCCUGUUUCUGUGGGUUUCUUUCAUGGAAGAACAAGUUACAGAGCCUUGGACUUUGAGUGUGUUGGCAGCCAGCACCACUGUGUGGGUCUCUGUCUCACCUCACUGCAAGUGGUUUAGGAAAGUUACAUGAUGAUUAGCUGAUAGUUUUUACUGAAUUAUUGGUGCAAACAUGCCAGCUGCUGUGUUGGUUUCCUCUUUUGUCUUAGUUAAGCAUCGUUUUGUCAGGUUAAGUUUAGGAGGCAAGGUGGCUGCAUGAAGAGGUGAUCCCUGUGUGGCCCCCUGAACCUGUGAGUCACAUGCCUCCCUUCAGUGCUGCUGCAUCAGCUGCUGUGUCACCUGUUGUGCAUCAGUGUGUCACUGACCUGCAUUAGUUUUGUGCUCAGUUCAUAACCAGACUUGAGAAAACUAUAUCGUUUUUUUUUGUAGAAAUUUUUAAAGUGUUUUUCAUUUUUAUAAAUCUUUACCAGAAUAAUUAAGAAGACAUUCCUUCAACAUGCACUAGAAAUAUUUAGGAUGUUUUCAACUUAUAAAUCUGGACCAUAAUGAUCAGGAAAAACAUUGUUGCAGUCUGUUUAAUGUGUUUGUCAAUUUAUUGAUCUGAACCAUAAUAAUUAGGGAAACAUGGCUGCAGUGCCUAUAAUCAUAAGUCUGGGAAGGAUUAAUUGAGAAAACAUUGUUGCAGUGUGUACAAAUUAACAUGUUUUCAGUUUAUAAAAUCUGAACCAGAAUGAUUUGUGGAUUGUGGCUGCAGUUUAUAGAAUUAGUAGUUUGUAUUUAUUCGUUUUUUCAAGUAAAUGUUACGCUCAGAACACUUGAGCAAACUGAUGUGUGGUGCGGCAAUUUUUUUUUUUUUUUUUUCUACAGCUCUCAUAUACAGGCCAAAACAUUAUUAUUUAUUUUCACUUAUUUAUUUUGUUAUUUGUUUUAUUUUUAUUUAUUUUAUUUAUUUAUUUAUUUUUUAUUGAGGGUGUUUGACAUGUGCAAUGUUGGUUAGCAGGUAUUUAUAUAAUUGCAGACACAGCCAUCACGCACCACCACACUCACCACAGACUCACGCUUUGACUGUCUAAUAUUACUCCAGAAAACAUGGGUUGUAUAGUGGUAAUGUGUAUGUGUGUCACUGUGUACGAGGCUCAGUAGACAGCAAUAAUGCAAGACAGAGAGAAAAUGUUUAAAACUCUCACUAGAAAGGGGAAAGUAAUAUAUAAUCAUUAUCACUCCCAAAUAUCUAUAUACACUUUUAAGAGAGUUACUGUUAAAUCCCUUCUUGGCUUAGCGAAAGGAGGAUUGGAACAAGGGAAACUGUGCGCCCUUUAACUUAUUCAUUCCCUAUGGGUUAAUAUUAGUACCUCUAUAGGCAGACUUCAAGAGUAAGAUAUAUAUAUGCUAUUAAAUAUAUCACUUGUUUUCCGCCCCCUUUUGUACCUAAUGUGGAGUGUGGAAUAGUUAGACGCCCCCUCUCCCCUUUUUUCUCCCUUUCCCAACACUUUUACAUAAGGAUGAUUGCUGUAGUCUAUAGUGUUGGAUUCUCCCGUAUGGGGGUUAGAUGGUGUGGGUCUGUAGGCAUGUUGGGAAUGAAAGAUGUGUGUUACUUUAUAUGGAGUUGAAUGCUGUGUGGGUCAAGAAUUACGUUGUGUGUGUGUGUGUGUGUGUGUGUGUGUGUGUGUUAAGUUAUGGUACCUAAUCCUGUUUUAAGUGUUCAGAUUAAUUAAAUAUAUAAUGA